AUGUAUAAAGUUGUAUCCCAUAUCUUGUAUCAUGCGGAGGAAACUACGCAAACAUUUUUAGAUUUCUCCUCCUGUGUUGAACCAACGAUAUUCUGGAAGAAGGAUGGAAAAUGUUAUACACUCGGAGAAAGAGGUCCAUGUAAUACUGGAGAGAUAUUGAUAUUCUCCCGAGCUGACUAUGCUGCUAAAUGUACUCAAAGUGUCCGUACCAUACUGCCAGGUCCAAAUAUAUCCUCUAAAACAAUAACAACAUCAUCACCAAGAAUCAAAACCGUCAACUCUGAUGAUAACAUUGCUUUUGGAGAUGAGUCUGAACCUAUUGGAGAGAUCCUGGAGAAUAAUGAAACUGAAAACUCAGAUGAGAUCUGUAAUCAUGUGGAUCAGAUAUUUUGGCCAGAAGAUGGAAAUUGCUACAGCUUAUUGGAUCAGGGACCUUGCCAAGACGGACAGUGGUUGAUUCUUAACAGUACAAAACCUAUUAGAGCAAAAUGUGCCCUGAUUCCCUGCCCCGUGGGAGAGCAAGUAUUCUGGUCAGCUUUAUGCCAAUGUAUUGAUAUAGAUAAUACAAUUAGAUCUGGAAGAUACAGUCCUCUCGAGGUUUGCGGAGAAAGAUCAAGGAUGGUGCUAAACCCAUAUGGAGAAGGCGAGUGUGCUUGUGAAGUUGGAUUCUUUAAAGAUAAUCAAGGAAUUUGCCAUGCACUUGGAUCACAGGGACCCUGUGAUACUGGACUAAGUUGGGAGUUAGUAUCGGAUACUGUAGAGUGUGUGGAUACUAGAGAAGGUCUAGAGGUUAGAGUAUUUGAUCUAAUUCCUCAUGAUCAAAGACGAGCUGAAGUUGUUAAAUGUUUCAAGGACUCGAAAGGAAAUUGCCGACAAACAUUAGGACUGAACAUAAACAGGAUUGGUGAAGAUAGAAAUAGAACUGAAUUUCUCAACGAAAGGUUUGGGGAGGAUGGAAAUGGAACUGAAUCUGAUUUUGAAACCUUUAUUAACAAUUAUCCUGUACAAGCAAAGGCAAACUGUGCCAUAAACCCUUGCAAAGAGGAUAUGAUCCCUUGGAUCAAUGGAUCAUGUUACCAGGUAUACCAAACUAAACUAAGAUUAUAUAAUCCCUUGGAUCAAUGGAUCAUGUUACCAGGUAUACCAAACUAAACUAAGAUUAUAUGUUCCCUUGGAUCAAUGGAUCAUGUUACCAGGUAUACCACGCUAAACUAAGAUUAUAUGAUCAUUAUUAUUAUCAUUAUUAUUAUUAUUAUUAUCAUUAUGAUUAUUAGAGACAAUUAUUUCUUACAGUCUUUAUAACAAUUAUUGUUUUACCAAAUCAUAUAUAUAAGACACUUUUAAGACUGUUUGUUAUCAUUGCAGAAAACCAAAUCCAACCUUUAACUCGUUUUUGCAGGUCGUUUUAUCCAGGUCUUCUAAACCUCUUCUUCUAAACCCCUUCUUCUAAACUCCUGCUUCUAAACUCCUUCUUCUAAACCCCGUCUUCUAAACCCCUUCUU